AUGUAUACGCUCCCUCUCUCGGUAGCAUUGCUCGCCAUUGCGCUGCCGGCGCUCGGAGGCCGCUCUCCCUCUCUUGUCGCCCGCGCGAGCAGUUGCACGCUCGCUGCCGCCGGCUCUGGCAAAGACGACGCGCCCGCCUUCCUCGCCGCUGUCAAGAGCUGUGACACCACCAUCGUCCCGAAGGGCGUUACCUUGAACAUCUCCUCGCCAUUGGACAUGACCGGCAUCAACAACAAGCACAUCAACAUCCAGGGAAAGAUUUCGUUCAAUCCCGACCUCGGUUACUGGACCGGACACGCGUUUUACGUCCCGUUCCAAGCACAGCUGGCGUUCUGGCUCCUCGGAGGCAACCAUAUCCUCCUUGACGGCGGCGGAACUCUCGAUGGCCAAGGUCAGGCCUGGUACGACGCAUUCGCCAGCAAUAGUUCGCUUGGCCGGCCUAUCAUCCUCACCGUCUCCAACGCGAGCGACGUGACGGUGCAGAACAUCGCCAUGGUCAACGCGCCCGAGUGGUUCAACCUCGUGAACGAAGCCAAAGGCGUUGUAUUCGACAAUGUCACGCUCAGCGCCGUGUCCACGUCCAAGAACGCCGCGAAGAACACGGAUGGUUGGGACAUCUACCGGAGCGACAAUGUGACGAUCAAAAACUCGAACAUCAACAACGGCGACGACUGUGUCUCCUUCAAGCCGAAUACUACCAACGUGCUCGUUUCCAAUCUGCAAUGUAACGGCUCUCAUGGAAUUUCGGUCGGUUCUCUCGGCCAAUACGCCGGCGUCUACGAUAUAGUCGAGAACGUCCUCGCCACCGACAUCAAGAUGUCCAACGCGCAGAACGGCGCGCGUAUCAAGGCCUGGGCCGGAAAAGGCGUCGGGAGCGGCAUCGUCAAAAACGUCACCUUUACUAACUUUAUCGAGUCCAACGUCGACAACCCGAUCGUCAUCGACCAGUGCUACGAGACUUCAGCCUCGGACUGCUCCGAGUAUCCGUCCAACACGUAUAUUCAGGACGUCUGGUUCGACAGCAUAUCCGGAACGUCGUCCGGCAAGGAAAAGUCUGUGGUGGGCUCGUUGUCAUGCUCACCCGACGGACGUUGCUCCGACAUCAACGCCAACAACCUCACGCUGUCACCGCCCUCGAAGUACGGAGCGGCGACGUACACCUGCCAGAACGUUAACAUCACAGGGACCUCCGCGGGGCUGUUCCCCGCGUGCUCGACGACAUGA